UAUUAUCACCAAGAUCUGAUUAUUCAUUUGAUCAAUAUACAAAAAAUACUGAUCCUAAUAAUCCUUGGAAUAUGGCUCUUACUCUUAAUCAAGUAUUUGAUAAUGGGACUAUGGAUUCAUUUUUUAUUCAAAAACCAGAUGAAAAUACAAAUAUGUUUAUAAAUUUUGGAACUGCACUUUUAGCAAUGUAUAAAUUCCUAACAGGUGAUUCAAGUGCAUUAUCCAAUUGGUCAUAUUUCAAUAAUCAAUCACUUGUAAUAUUGAUUGUCUUAUUUUCACUAUUGGUUGUUGUAUAUCUUAUGAAUUUGUUUAUUGGAUUACUCAAUAUGGCAAUUAAUAAAGAUAAUGAGAGGGUCUCAUAUUUAAAGCAGAAGGCUGAGGUAUUUAUUAGUAACGUAGUAUCAUUUCCAUUUUUUUUUGUAAAAGUGUUUAAAAUUUCU